UCAAACGCGGGAAAACCAGUUCUGGGCAGUCUUUGGCUACAGCUGAGCAGGAAGACCUACUAGAAAAGUGGGCGACACUGGGUCUUUCACCAGUGCAUAUCUGCAGGUUCUGGGGCACUGUUCUUAUUGUGAUUGCAAAGACGAAGAACACUUGCCAUCCCGUAUUAUGGGGAGCCCAACUUAUGGGGAAGAAAGGCUGCAAGGCGCCGGGUCAAUGACCAAUGGAACAUACAUGAGGCUAGUGGACAGCUGUUACUUUGACUACAGGUCAGAAAUAAGGCCAGCACCGACAGCUUUGGUCCACCUGCAGGUCCCACCCGUACAGGUGGUUGAGGUGAUGCCUGGAAGCAAUGUGGCAAUUGAGAUGGCGCAUCACGAUUCACAGCACCUCCCUGUGCCUGAUUGUGUGGUGCUUGGGAGCUCACCGAAGGUGGAGGAGGUGAAAACCCUCCAGAAAAGGCUGGUAACAGAGAUGCAGCUAUCCCGUGCAUUGCAGUCGAAGCUCCAGUGGUACGAAGAGGAGCGCUCAAGGGAGCUGCAAGAUAUUUCACGCAAUUUAGAGGCUUUGCGAGAAAAGGAGAAAGAGCUGGAAAUCUUUGUCAGUGAAAACAGAUCCAGAGCACGGCAAGAUCAGCUUCAGGCUAAGGUGAAUGCUAAGAAGAAGGUUGAGCACCUAGAGAAGCAGCUUAUGGAGCUGAAAAACGACUGCAGUGCAAGAAGUGGCAUUCUGCAGACAAGACAGGAUGAUAUGGAGAGGCUGAAGGCAGAGCUGGCUGAGAAAGGAGCAGAGGCAGAAGAACUCGCAAUGCUAUUGUCUGAUCGGGAAAAACAGGUGUAUGAGCUGCAGCAGAAAGUGAACAAUAAUGAAGCAGACUUGGUGAACAAGUUUCAAGGUGUACAGGAUGAGAUAAAGGUACUGCGUCAUUAUUAUGAGGCUUUUGCUGGAGAGGUGCGGGCAGUCGUUCAAGGCUACUCAGUCUUGGAUGAUCCGGUGGCGAAAGCGUUGAUGGCAUCUGUUGUCAAGCUGAACAAGGACCACGAAGAACUGAAGAAGAAGUUUGCAUCUGAGAGUGCGGAGAGAAAACAAUUGUACAAUAAAGUUUUGGAGCUCAAAGGGAAUAUCCGGGUCUUCUGCCGCUGCAGACCACUCAGUGCCAAUGAAGUGGCUGCAGGUGUUUCCAGUGUGGCUGAGUUCGACGCAAAUCGGGAGAAUGAUUUGGUUGUGCGCUGUAAUGUCAACGGAACUCCAACACGGAAGUUCUUCAAAUUCGACCGAGUGUUCUCGACAGAAGCCAGCCAAGGUGAGGUAUUUGCCGAUACAGCACCUGUGGUGACUUCGGUUCUCGAUGGAUACAAUGUAUGCAUUUUUGCAUACGGUCAGACUGGAACUGGGAAGACGUUCACAAUGGAGGGUAUCCCUGCAAACCGAGGGGUGAACUACCGCACUUUAGAGGAGCUAUUCAAAAUUGCAGUGGAGAGGAAAGGACAAGUUACAUAUGAAAUCAAGGUCAGCGUUCUGGAAAUCUAUAAUGAGCAGAUCAGGGAUCUUCUGGCAGCUCCCGUAUCACCGAUUGCCGGAACUCUAAGGAAGUUGGAGAUAAAGCAAGGGCAAGAAGGAGGGCACUGGGUUCCAGGGCUUGUCGAGACAAAAGUGACAGGUCUGGAGGAAGUAUGGGAUGUCCUUCAAAACGGUAGCAAGAACCGGUCGGUGGGCGCAACAAACGCAAACGAGCACAGUAGUCGAUCGCACUGCAUGCUGUGCGUUAUGGUACGUGGGGAAAACCACAUCACAGGAGAAGUGACGAGAAGUAAGCUCUGGCUUGUCGACCUUGCGGGUAGUGAGCGUGUGGGGAAGAGUGAGGCACAGGGUGAUCGUCUGAAAGAGGCGCAGGCCAUCAACAAGUCCCUGUCUGCACUCGGGGACGUUAUUGCGGCACUUACGACGAAGUCUGCGCACGUGCCAUAUAGGAAUUCGAAGCUGACACACUUGCUGCAGGAUUCCUUAGGAGGAGAUGCAAAGACACUCAUGUUUGUGCAGAUUAGCCCUAACGACUACGACGUAGGAGAAACACUUUGUUCACUUAACUUUGCAAGUAGGGUACGCGGGGUUGAGCUGGGACCUGCGCGCAGGCAAACAGAUUGUGGAGAGCUUAGCAAGUUCAAACAAAUGGUUCGUGCCAAGGAGACAGGGCUCGCCGAUCUUGAAAUGCAAUGCACACAUGAGAAGAAAGCAGUUCAGGAGGCAAGAGCAAGUCAGGCAGCAGCAGAAACAAGGGAAGCAGCAGCUAAUCGAGAGGCUGCAGAUGCAAGAGGUCUUCAGGAACAGGCCCUGUCUGCGCUCCAAGAAGCUAAGGCGCAAUUAAAAGAGGCGCAAGAGGCAACGGCACUAGCUCGUGCAGAGGCAGCAGCAUUCAGGUUAGAGGCUGAAGCAGCUCGCCAGGAGGCAGCCACUGCUGUGGCUGCUGCCAAAUCUGUUGCUGCUGCCCUUGGAGAAGCAACUAAGCAAAGUACACAGAAUGUAGAAAAGCAGCAGAGGCAGGAAUUGCAGCACACUGUAACUGUGAAUAGUGCAGCUGAUGCAGGACUAGCUGGAGAAGCCUCUGUUGACCGCAGAACGGAAGGCACAUUCAUGCAGGGCGAAUACAUGGGUCGUAUGGCAGACGGUAAUUUGGCAGGUUGGAAUGAGAAUGUUGAUCCACGGCAUCCUGAGGGCUCCGAAGCUAGCGUCGCCUCUCGAGCAUCCACUCACCAUGUGCCCUUGACAAGGCCUUGGAGCGCUUCACCAAGGUACAGUACAAAUCCAAAUGCAAUGACACCAAUGCGAACUCGAAAGAGCAUCUCAUCUGGAGGAUCUUCUGGAAGUAUCACCGUCUCCAGCAAAGAUCUCUCCUGUUCAUCAACUGGAGAUUCAACCGUUUCUGCGAAGGAAACACAACUCGAUUGUACUAGCAAUGGGGGUCUGCACCAUGCUGGAGGUUCAUGGUCAGCAACAAGUAUAGGGUCUUCGACCUCCGGAGGUUCUACGUCAACAGAAGACCAGCGGUCGAUCACCCCAAAUAGUAGUGAUUCGGGGAGUGUUAAUGGAGAUAAUGGGAAUGCCAGUGCCAGAGCAUCCGCUGCUGGGGGGUUGAAGGGGUACAACGGACUGCUUAGAUUAGGUGCCGCUGCGGAUAGAAUGCCACUUAGUGGUGUCAAACAGAAUCGCGAAGGCAUCGAGAGGUCUACGGACGAGCCAAAGCGCAAGAAAUCAGUGGACAAGCUCUUAGACAAUGGAGACGCAGUUUCUGCUCUCGCGAAUGGUGGAUCAGUGGGGAACUUGGGAGGAGGCGGGGUGGCGAGCCCCCGUGCAAGCGGAGGGAUAAUUGCGAAUGGCGUUGUGGUUGCAAGCGUUUCAGAGCCAAAGCAGCAGAAGAGUACUGGCACAGCUGUUGCACCGAGACUCACUGGAACACGACCAGCAUCUGCUUCUGCUCCUCAGCGAUCAAAGACACCGGUACCGAGGUCAGGCGGAGGAGAGGUGAGGCUGAAGCAAAUCAGCGUGCUCGAGUGGAGAGAAAGGAGGUGGAAUAACUGAGCAAUGGUACUUGAGUUCGCAUGGAGCUUCUAGGCAUACAUAAUGAGAGAUUGCUCGGCGCUUGCCAGCUGUCUGAGCCCUUGAGCUCAAGGUGAUGUUGAUGUCAACUGGACGUGACAUGUAAACGUCAGCAUAGCCGAACGGAGCGGAUGGCAUCGAGGCUCGUGAAAAUCUGUGGAAGAGGGAACCUGGUAUAGGUGACGAGUGGCUUUAUGUGUACCUGGUUCAGCAGGCUUCAGUCUUCUGGUGUACACCGGCUCACAGAUGUACGGUCAGACAUUGGCCGUGGUGAACUCGAGUCUUGCUUGUAUUCAUAAAGAGUGAUGCAUUUGAGUUGCGUUGGUACUUAGAGUUAACCGCGUGUGCUUUGGAGUUGCGUUGAAUGCGCUGGCGGCGGAAGUGAUACAGUCUGAGUGUGCUGUUCACAUGUACAGUGGCAGGAAGUGGGACUAUCUGAUCGGGCAGGCGCGAUGGUAGUUGGCUACCUUACAGGAGAUGGAGCAUUGUUGCUGCAUGAGGGGAGAGGAGCGUGCCAUUGUGGUUCGACGUACGAAAACGCGUUUAUUUUGAAGUGGAAGCAGAAUCACACAGGAAGAGCAUGGGAGGCGGCUAGAGAUGCCAGGAAGGAAUGGCAGGUGAGGAGAGAACGUUGCAGAGUAUGUGUUGUUUGUAUCUUUACACAGGCUGACUGGCUUCUUUCAGAAGUAAGUCAAGGUUGGCUAUCCGUCGUCCCCAUGUUUAUUUUCCCUUAUUCCUCCUCCUUGGCACAUGCGCGAACCUCGUGAACCUGCGGCAAUCUGCGUCUGGAGUUGCAAUGUACAUGGUGAACUGUUUGGCAGCGAACGGUGGCGCUUGGGUACCACAGGUAAGACAUAUGUUCAGGAUGGAGGCAUUGUUUGGAGGUGUUAUAUUAUGCUUCAGGUGUCAUGUGUGUGAGAUCGAGCAGUCUUCGUCAAUUUUCUUCACAAUUGGAAACUCUUCAUGGUGUUCACGGUUACGAUCUGGUCAAUCGCGAGGAGCUUCAUGGUUACAAUCUGGUGGAAGGGAUGGGUGUGACUGAGUGAGUAAGAGUGACUUUCAGGUAUUUCUUCUCGCUGCUGUAGAGGGAGGGUGAGAGGGAGGGUGAGAGGGAGGGUGAGAGGGAGGGUGAGAGGGAGGGUGAGAGGGAGGGUGAGAGUGAAGGUGAGAGGGAGGAUAAAAGAGGACAGAGGGAAGAGGGGAGGGUGGUGGGCGAACAAGAGGGGAAGAGGCCAUUAUACAUACCCUAACCCAGCUCAUGUUGAUGCUAGGAGGAGUAGAAUGGUUGCUUGCUCACAAAAUCUCAUUUGUCAUUCAUGUC